UCCAAACUGUGACAGACUCUCCAAGACAAAUACAGUGUAUUGUGUGCACUGUGAAAGGAGGCCUGGCUCCAGGGCUUUCCUUGUGCUCCCAUGCAGAAAGAGCCCCCAGGGGAGCCGGUGCCAGCUGAGACUGAAAAACAAGGGUCCUAGAUCUAAUUCUCAUCAUGGCAGCAGAGAGCCCAGAGACAGAUGGUCCCAGAUCCUUCAUGCCUGCUGAGCUCCAACAUCCCCACUCUAAGUAUUCUCAGUGGAAGUUUAAGCUGUUUAGGGUGAAAUCUAUGGAGAAGGCACCUCUGCCCAGUGAAACACAGUCUGAGAUAGGAGCUUCAUUAGGGAUCUCACCUCCUACUGCUCCACAUAUAGAGACAGAUCAUGGUGUGGGACUGGCGAGUGUUAUGAAAUUAUGCCUUGGGGGAAAAAGCAAAGAAAAUGUGGAGGGCCCUGGCAAGAGAGUGGAUAUGAAACUGCAGGAAAUGGACACCCACAUGAACCAUCUCAGGUGCCUGUGCCGCAUUUGUGGAAUGGCCCUGAGGAAGGUCAAAGGACCCGUGCAUGAUGUUCAUGGAGAUCUGGAUGAUGCAAGCAAGUGUGUGCUCCGUAAAAUGGGCUGCAAGUUUACGAGCUGGCCAGAGGUCCUCCUGAAAGUCUUCAAGGUGGAUGUGGCAGAGGACGCAGAAUCCAUCCACCCUCUUUCCUUCUGCCAUCGCUGCUGGCAGGCUACCAUACGUGGAGGGGGUGUCUGCAACUUCAUCAGAACAAAAGUUCCAGAGUGGAAGCCCCAUACCUCCCACUGCUCUCUGUGUUCCCCCAAAAAGUCAUCAUUUCAAAGGACUGGACGAAAGAGGAGGAAGGUUCUUCCUAAAGUCCAGAGUUUGGCAAAAAGAGUCAGGGGGGACUAUGGUGACAGCAUUGCUGUUGGUGAGAAGAGAGCCCUGAAACCCUUUGGAGACCGCCACAGUGCCGUGCUGAGGACCUGGAAAAAAAACGGCAUCCAAAGAGAACAGUGGGUGAAGAACAUUACGCACUGCCAGAAUGACCACCUGAACACCAAACUGAUUGCUGAGAAGCUGCCUGUGGAUUACAUCAUUUCUUUCACCUGCCUGGUAUGUGACCACCUGCUUUUUGAUCCGGUUCAGUCCCCCUGUGGGCACCUCUUCUGCCGCAGCUGCAUUAUAAAAUUUACUCACGUUCUGGGACCUCACUGCCCUGCAUGCAACUUCUAUUGUGUCCCCGAUGAUUUCAUCCCUCCUGCCAAAACCUUCUUAUCAACCCUCUACUCUCUGCCUCUGCUGUGUCCCUGUGAAGGCUGUGGCGAGUCCGUACAGUUAGGCGUGUUCAAGGCCCACUGUCUAAGCCAUGAGUUGGAGAAAGGUGAAAACAAACACUUAUCUCAGUUUCAAAGCUAUCUGCUACCCAAUAAGGGGGGAAGACCCCGCCAACACUUGCUCUCCUUAACCCGUCGUGCCCAGAAGCACCGAUUGAGGGAUCUAAAGACCCAGGUGAAGGUGUUUGCAGACAAAGAGGAAGGCGGUGAUCUGAAGUCUGUGUGUUUGACACUGUUUCUGCUCGCUCUGAGAUCUGGGAAUGAACACCGGCAGGCAGAUGAGCUGGAGGCCAUGAUGCAAGGCAGAGGCUUUGGAUUGAGUCCUGCUGUGUGCCUGGCCAUCCGGGUCAACACAUUCCUGAGCUGUAGCCAGUAUCACAAGAUGUAUCGGACGGUCAAAGCUACAAGUGGCCGCCAGAUCUUUCAGCCCUUGCACACUCUCCGAGCUACAGAAAAGGAGCUCCUCCCUGGCUUUCACCAGUUUGAAUGGCAGCCAGCUCUCAAAAAUGUGUCCACGUCUUACAAUGUUGGCAUCAUCAAUGGGCUGUCAGGAUGGACCUCCUCGUUGGACGACUCCCCAGCUGACACCAUCACCCGACGCUUUCGCUAUGACGUGGCGCUUGUGGCAGCGCUGAAGGAUCUUGAGGAGGACAUCAUGGAGGGGUUGAGAGACACUGGCAUGGAAGAUAGUGCUUGUACCUUGGGCUUUAGAGUCAUGAUCAAGGAGUGUUGUGACGGCAUGGGUGAUGUUAGCGAGAAGCACGGUGGAGGACCACCUGUUCCUGAGAAGGCUGUCCGUUUCUCUUUCACUGUCAUGUCGGUCUCUAUUCAGGCUGAAGACGGCCAGGAGGAGGUCACGAUUUUCACAGAGCCGAAGCCCAAUUCAGAACUUUCCUGUAAACCCCUUUGCCUAACGUUUGUGGAUGAGUCAGACCACGAGACUCUCACUGCUGUUUUGGGGCCUAUAGUUGCAGAGCGAAAUGCGAUGAAAGAGAGCAGGCUCAUUUUAUCCAUGGGGGGCAUGCUGCGCUCCUUUCGCUUCCACUUUAGGGGCACAGGUUAUGAUGAAAAGAUGGUGCGGGAGAUGGAGGGCCUGGAAGCUUCAGGAUCAACAUACAUCUGCACUCUGUGUGACUCCAGUCGUGCAGAGGCUGCUCAGAACAUGGUGUUACACUCCAUCACCCGCAGUCAUGAUGAGAACCUGGAACGUUAUGAGAUAUGGAGAACCAACCCAUUUUCUGAGUCUGUAGAUGAAUUGAGAGACAGAGUCAAAGGAGUCUCGGCCAAGCCCUUCCUGGAGACCCAGCCCACUAUGGAUGCAUUGCACUGUGACAUUGGCAAUGCCACUGAAUUCUACAAAAUCUUCCAGGAUGAAAUCGGGGAAGUGUAUAAAAAGGCCAACCCGAGCAGAGAGGAACGGCGCAGCUGGCGGGCAGCCUUGGACAAACAGCUGAGGAAGAAGAUGAAGCUUAAACCAGUGAUGAGGAUGAAUGGGAACUAUGCCCGAAGAUUAAUGACCAUGGAGGCCGCCGAGGUAGUUUGUGAACUGGUGCCCUCAAAGGAAAGGGGAGAGACCCUGAGGGAGCUCAUGAGGCUCUACCUCCAAAUGAAACCUGUGUGGCGUGCCACCUGUCCAGCAAAGGAGUGCCCGGACCAGCUGUGCCGCUACAGUUUUAACUCCCAGCGCUUUGCCGACCUGCUCUCCUCUACCUUCAAGUACAGGUACAAUGGAAAAAUAACCAAUUACCUGCACAAGACCCUGGCCCAUGUGCCUGAAAUCAUAGAGAGAGAAGGAUCCAUUGGAGCCUGGGCCAGCGAGGGGAACGAGUCAGCAAACAAACUGUUCAGGCGUUUCAGGAAGAUGAAUGCACGUCAAUCAAAGGCCUUUGAACUGGAGGACGUGCUGAAACACCACUGGCUCUACACCUCUAAGUACUUGCAGAAGUUUAUGGAGGCUCACAAGGACUCUGCUAAAGCUUUCCAGGCAACAAUUGAUCCAGAAGAGAUCCAGGAUGAUGAUGAUUUGACUGUGGAAAUCACCGGGUUUUGAUUUCUGUUAUACUAACUCUUUGAUUUAUUUUAAGCCAGUUGAUAAUCUGCCAUUUACCUCAAUGUUUAUAUAUUCUUACUUUCAAUUCUUAUCGAUGUUCAAUGCAAUAGAGAAAUAGAGUCUGUGUAGAUGUCCUCAGGUAAACUUAAAAACGUUGACAGUUAUUUUAAUAAAAAUUGUUUUAGAUUGUUUUUUAUUGUUAUUUUUAGCAUUGUUAAAAUGUUUUGAUAAAACAAAAUACUUUUUCUUUAGCGAACAAUAUUUUGCACUCAAAAAUAAUGUUUUCAAAUUCUAUGCAACAAUUUAUACACUUUUUCAUUGACAUUUCACUAUCGUAUUUAAUUUGAACUACACUCUUUGGUUAAAUGUCUGUUCUUCCAAAAUAACAGAGGAACUCACUGUAAACACAACAAAAGUUUAUUUUCUUUGCUUUUUACAACUUCUUUUAAAAAAAUCUUUUCUGUAUGUGAAAUAUGGCACAUUUUAUUGUAUUGCAAGGAUAUGACACAUUUAUGAAUUUAUAGAGAGGGGAUAUUUAUGGAAGCAGAUGAAAGAGCUGUACGUCAUGGAGUGAAAUUGUGUUAAAAAAGACCACAUUUUGGGCCACUGUAUUAAUAUAUCAUUUUAGCCAAAGGAAAAUGCAAUCACAGGGACCUAAAUGUUCUUUGUUUCAUGAGUGCCCUCUGAAAAAGAUGAGUUUAGUGCUUUAUCGUAAGGUCCCGAGGGGAUAGAAUAGAUGCCGGGUCACUUUAAAGCAAUUUAUUUAUCUCUUUUAGGCUUUGCACAGCUUAGGAUAGAUGAUAGUUUUUCAAAGUCUUCUCAUAAAAUGAAGCAUAUACUGACCUUUUUUGUUGAUAUCAUAAGAAUAUAGUGUGGUCCAUUAGAAAGCCUAAUACUCCAUGGACUCUACAACAAGAAGGGAUUUUUCUUCACUUUUGUUUCGGACCUGGUUCCUUUUUUCCUUCAGCAUUUCUUCACUGCCAUUGUUGACAGAGAAGAGGAAUGGGCAGGACCAGAAAGUCUCAUUUGUUGGCAACUUUAUUUGUUUGAUUGAUUGAUAAUAUUGUCUUUGUCUGCCCUCGCUAUUUUGAAUUGUGACAGGCAAUUUUCCUUUUCUUUCUUGAUUGAAUGUUUGAUUUUCCUUUACUGCCGUAUGUUUAACCAUACAAAUGCAAUGAAAUAUUCUGGGUUUCGCUGGUGAUCUUCCCAGAAAAACAAAAUAUUACACUACAGCUCUGCUGUUUUGUGUUGAUUUUCCUGUACUGUCAGUCAGCCUCACUGUCUUAUUGAAAAAUUGUUUUUGUGCAUGAUGGAGUAUGUACUUUUUCUCUUUAAAAUAAAGACAAUACUUGAACUGAUUACAAAUAA